GCGGCGCCGGCGGCGGCUGCUCUCGCUGAGCCCGCUCCCGCGCAGCGUCCUCCCGCCGCGGGUGGGCUCCGCAGCCCCCUGCCGGCCGCGGCCCUCGCCUGGCGGCGGCUCCCACCCUCCGCAGGCGCGGCCCGGCCCGUGUGGCCCUUCCCGGGGGGCUCCCCUCUCCGACCCGUGGCUGCCUGGCAGAGCUGGCUCCGGCACCCAACUUUGCCUUUCCCGGUCCGUCGCCCCCGCUGAGCACGAACCUGCUCACCCCCGGCCCGGCUGCGCGCCCGGGAACCGUGCGCCCGGCGCUCAAACCGACGCCCCCAGCCCGGAGCGCAGCGAGCGGCGGGUGGGUUUGGGCAAGUGGUAACGGGGCUGAGGCGGCCGCUGCCUCGACUUCCCUCGCCGGGCACCGAAGAGGACCCUCAGAGCUGCUCGGGGCCCCAGGCGCCGGAUGACUGGCAGGAGGAACGCGCCUCGCACCUGUGCUGGUGUGUGAGUGCAGGUGCUGUGGAUCCCUAGUGUGAUACAUGAUCGAGGAAACGCUCCCCCCCUUCCCUCCUUGGCACUUCCCCCACAUGACAGGAGGACGAACUUCUGGUUAGGAGACAACUACCUGGAGCCCACGCCUCUGCCUACCAUGAAGGGGACCUGUGUCAUUGCAUGGCUGUUCUCAAGCCUGGGGUGGUGGAGACUCGCCCAGCCAGAAACGGACGCAUCUCAGUGCCAGAGAGUGGAACACCCGGUCAUUUCCUAUAAAGAAAUUGGCCCCUGGUUACGGGAGUUCAGAGCGAAGAAUGCUGUGGAUUUCUCGCAGUUAACAUUUGACCCAGGACAGAAAGAACUUGUUGUAGGAGCAAGAAACUACCUCUUCAGGUUACAGCUUGAGGAUUUGUCUCUGAUCCAGGCUGUGGAGUGGGGCUGUGACGAAGUCACCAAGAAGGCCUGUUACAGUAAGGGCAAAUCAAAGGAGGAAUGUCAGAACUACAUCCGCGUGCUUUUGGUGGGUGGUGACCGGUUAUUUACCUGUGGGACCAAUGCUUUCACGCCUGUCUGCACCAACCGCUCGUUGAGCAACCUGACCGAGAUCCAUGAUCAGAUCAGUGGUAUGGCCCGCUGUCCCUACAGUCCCCAGCACAAUUCCACGGCUCUUCUCACGGCCGGUGGGGAGCUGUACGCUGCAACAGCCAUGGAUUUUCCUGGACGAGAUCCUGCCAUUUACCGAAGUCUGGGCAUCUUACCUCCUCUCCGCACGGCACAGUACAACUCCAAAUGGCUUAAUGAACCAAACUUCGUGUCAUCUUACGACAUCGGAAAUUUCACCUACUUCUUUUUCCGAGAAAACGCCGUGGAGCACGACUGUGGGAAAACCGUGUUCUCCAGAGCUGCCCGGGUCUGCAAGAAUGACAUCGGGGGGCGGUUCCUACUGGAGGACACCUGGACCACGUUCAUGAAGGCUCGCCUGAACUGCUCCCGGCCCGGGGAGGUCCCCUUUUACUACAACGAGCUGCAGAGCACUUUCUUCCUGCCCGAGCUGGAUCUGAUCUAUGGCAUCUUUACCACCAACGUGAACAGCAUCGCUGCCUCGGCCGUGUGUGUCUUCAACCUGAGUGCCGUCUCCCAGGCCUUCAACGGGCCCUUCAAGUACCAGGAGAACUCGCGCUCCGCCUGGCUGCCGUAUCCCAACCCCAACCCCAACUUCCAGUGUGGCACGGUGGACCAGGGCCUGUACAUGAACCUGACUGAAAGGAAUCUGCAGGAUGCUCAGAAGUUCAUCCUGAUGCAUGAGGUGGUCCAGCCUGUGACCUCGGUGCCCUCUUUCAUGGAGGACAACAGCCGUUUUUCCCACUUGGCUGUCGACGUGGUGCAGGGCAGGGACAUGCUCGUCCACAUCAUCUAUCUGGCCACAGAUUACGGCACCAUAAAGAAAGUGCGGGCGCCCCUGGCCCCGGCUGCCGGCAGCUGCCUGCUGGAGGAGAUCGAGCUCUUCCCCGAGCGGCGGGGGGAGCCCAUCAGGAGCCUGCAGCUCCUCCACAGCCGCAGCGCCCUGUUCGUGGGCCUGCAGGAGCACGUGGCCAAGAUCCCGCUGAAGAGGUGCCAGUUCCACCGAACCCGCAGUGCCUGCAUUGGGGCCCAGGACCCUUACUGUGGCUGGGACAUGGUGAUGAAGAAAUGCACGAGCCUGGAGGAGAGCCUAAGCAUGACACAAUGGGAGCAGAGCACCUCCACCUGUCCCACGAGGAAUCUCACCGUGGACGGGCACUUCGGCGCGUGGUCUCCGUGGACGCCCUGCACGCACACCGAUGGCAGCGCCGUGGGAUCCUGUCUGUGUCGCACCCGCUCCUGCGACAGCCCGGCCCCCCAGUGUGGAGGCUGGGAGUGCGAGGGCCCCCGCAUGGAGAUCGCCAACUGCUCCAGGAACGGAGGCUGGACCCCCUGGACCUCGUGGUCUCCCUGCAGCACCACCUGUGGGAUCGGCUUCCAGGUGCGCCAGCGAUCCUGCAGCAACCCCACCCCCCGGCACGGGGGCCGGGUGUGCGUGGGACAGAACCGCGAGGAGAGAUACUGCAAUGAGCAUCUGCUGUGCCCCCCACACAUGUUCUGGACAGGCUGGGGUCCUUGGGAACGGUGCACAGCCCAGUGCGGGGGCGGCAUUCAAGCUCGCCGCAGGACCUGCGAGAACGGACCUGACUGCGCUGGCUGCAAUGUGGAGUACCAGCCUUGCAAUAUCAACCCGUGCCCCGAGCUGAAGAAGACCACACCCUGGACGCCCUGGACGCCCGUCAACAUCUCGGACAACGGGGGCCACUAUGAGCAGCGAUUUCGCUACACAUGCAAAGCCCGCCUGCCUGAUCCAAAUCUGCUGGAAGUGGGAAGACAGAGAAUCGAGAUGCGAUACUGUUCUAGUGACGGAACCAGCGGCUGCUCUACAGACGGCCUUUCUGGCGAUUUCCUGCGUGCCGGGAGAUACUCCGCCCACACCGUCAACGGGGCGUGGUCGGCCUGGACGUCGUGGUCACAGUGCAGCCGCGACUGCAGCAGGGGCAUCCGGAACCGGAAGCGGGUUUGCAACAACCCCGAGCCCAAGUAUGGGGGCUUGCCUUGCCUGGGCCCCUCCCUGGAAUACCAGGAAUGCAACAUUCUGCCCUGCCCAGUGGAUGGCGUGUGGUCUUGCUGGUCUCCCUGGUCAAAAUGCUCGGCGACCUGUGGCGGUGGACACUACAUGAGGACCCGCUCGUGCACAAACCCGGCCCCAGCCUACGGAGGAGACAUCUGCCUGGGGCUACAUACGGAGGAAGCUCUCUGCAACACGCAGCCCUGCCCCGAGAGCUGGUCGGAGUGGUCAGACUGGUCUGAGUGUGACGUGUCUGGAGUCCAGAUCCGUGCCCGCCAGUGCAUCCUUCUGUUCCCUGUGGGCAGCCAGUGUUCUGGAAACACCACGGAGAGCCGGCCGUGUGUGUUUGAUUCCAAUUUCAUCCCAGAAGUAUCUGUGGCGAGAUCCAGUAGUGUAGAAGAGAAAAGGUGUGGGGAGUUCAACAUGUUCCACAUGAUUGCCGUGGGGCUGAGCAGCUCCAUCUUGGGCUGCCUCCUUACGCUACUUGUCUACACCUACUGCCAGCGGUACCAGCAGCAGUCCCACGACGCCACCGUCAUCCACCCUGUUGCUCCCGCCCCUCUCAACACCAGCAUAACUAACCAUAUUAACAAACUGGACAAGUACGACUCAGUGGAAGCCAUCAAGGCAUUUAACAAAAACAACUUGAUCCUAGAGGAAAGAAACAAAUACUUCAACCCGCAUCUCACUGGGAAAACCUAUUCUAAUGCCUACUUUACAGAUCUCAACAAUUACGACGAGUACUAAUAGUUGUUAUAUUUUUGGCUUCUUGUAAUUCCCCAGUUCCUCAAGGCCUGUGCUCCAUGACUGCCCAUGUUUCCAAGACUUCAGCAUUGAAGUUUGGAUACAUUUCAAGUGCAUUUCAAGCCAUGAGUUUCCCAUUGCUACCAAAAACAGACAUCCUUAAAAGCAACACAGAUCUAAAUAUGAUGUCGUGAAAAUCUGG